AAAGAAGCAGAGGUUGAAGAGGGGCGGAGGACGGUGCGGAGAGGGGCUGCAUUGACCAUUUGACCAGACAAACAUCAACCCGCAUCUUGCGUCAUUAUGGACACAAAUAGUAGCUUCAGUCACACCAACGGAUCCUCACAGCUGCACCCAGACAGACAGCUGUUCUCGUCGGAGGAGGACAGCAGCCUGUACUUCACAUACAGCGGUGACUGCAACCAGCUGGAAGUCAAUAACCUCCACUAUGAGGUGGACACGGCGGCACAGAUUCCCUGGUACGAGAGGCUGUCAGAGUUCAAGCUGCCGUGGGAGAUUAAAGGCAACAAGCAGACAGCCAUCGACAAACUGAGCCUGCGCGUCUGCAGUGGGCAGAUGCUGGCCAUCAUUGGAAGCUCUGGAUGUGGUAAAACAUCGUUGCUGGACAUCAUCACGUGUCGCGACGAGGGCGGCGGCGUGACGUCUGGCCAGAUUCUGAUCAACGGUCGCCCCAACACGGCUCACCUGGUGAAGAAGAGCAUUGCACAUGUGCGCCAGGACGACCGCCUUCUUCCUCACCUCACCGUGCGCGAGACCCUCGCCUUCGUGGCCAAACUCAGGCUGCCCACGCACUUCACGCAGGCCCAGCGGGACCAGAGGGUGGACGACGUCAUCGCAGAGCUCCGACUAAGACAGUGCGCACACACCAGGGUGGGAAACGACUACGUGAGGGGGGUUUCUGGAGGAGAGCGGAGGCGGGUCAGCAUCGCGGUCCAACUCCUCUGGAACCCAGGUAUUUUGAUCCUGGACGAGCCCACUUCGGGUCUGGAUAGCUUCACGGCCCACAAUCUUGUCAUCACGCUGUCCCGCUUGGCCCGGGGGAAUCGUCUGGUUCUCCUGUCUGUCCACCAGCCUCGCUCCGACAUCUUCCAGCUUUUCGACCUGGUAGUCUUGCUCUCAUCGGGCUCGGCCGUGUACUGCGGUGCCGCCCGAGACAUGGUGCCGUACUUCAUGGCGCUGGGACACCCGUGCCCGCGGUACUGCAACCCCUCCGACUUCUAUGUGGACCUGAUCAGUAUAGACCGUCGUAGUCCAGAGCAAGAGGCCCAGUGUAGGGAACGAUCCCAAGUGUUGGCGCAGCAGUUUUCGGAAAAGGUCCGUGACACCGAUGACCACAUGUGGAAAAGCAGCACGGCCCUGACGCACUCUGACAGCAGCUGCCUGCAGCCCGACAAGGCAGAAGGAGACAAAGUCGUCGUCAUCUCCAAGGAGAGAGACAGACGACCGGGCCGACUCCAGCAGUUUGCCAUCCUCAUCAGGCGCCACAUGUACAACGACUACCGAGACCUGGUCACCCUGUUGGUCCACGGCUUGGAGGCCCUGCUCAUGUCCCUGCUGGUGGGCUGCCUGUACUACGGUGCUGGAGACCAGCCUCUGUCCAUUCAGGACACCGUGGCCUUGCUCUACAUGAUAGGAGCGCUCACUCCCUUCGCUGUGGUGCUGGACGUCAUAGCCAAAUGUCACACAGAGAGAGCCAUGCUCUACCAUGAGCUGGAAGACGGCAUGUACUCGGUCACCUCCUACUUCUUCGCUAAGGUGCUGGGGGAGUUACCUGAGCACUGUGUGUUCACCCUGGUCUACGCUCUGCCAAUCUACUGGCUGGCGGGCUUGAACGAAGCUCCGGAUCGCUUCCUGCUUAAUUUCCUGCUGGUGUGGCUGAUGGUGUACUGCAGCCGCGCCAUGGCGCUCUUCGUGGCUGCCGCGCUGCCCACCCUGCAGACCUCCGCCUUCAUGGGCAACUCACUCUUCACAGUCUUCUACCUGACCGGAGGCUUCGUCAUUAGUGUUGAGAACAUGUGGCUGGUGGCGUCGUGGCUCUCUCACGCCUCCUUCAUGCGUUGGGGCUUUGAGGGACUUCUUCUGGUGCAGUUCAGAGGGAACAAAUACCCCCUCACCAUCGGCAACUUCACACUGCAAGUGGAUGGAAUAUACGUGGUGGAGGCCAUGAGCAUGAACCAGUAUCCUCUGUACUCGUGCUACCUGGUGCUGCUGGCCGUGUGCUUGGUCUUCAUGGCGCUCUACUACGUCUGCCUGAAAUUUAUCAAGCAGAAGUCCAGUCAGGACUGGUGAUUCACGUCAAUGACAACAUCAUAGCUAUGAAGGUUUUAGACUUACAUGUAGGCUAUCCAAGUUCGACUGGCUCGACACCAUACAACCUGGAGAAAUUAAUCAACAAAUGAUGGUGUUAAUAAAAAGCAAAAAUUAUGGUGGAAAACUGUGAAAGAAUUACCUUUGUUGCAUAGUGGAAACACGUUGCGGUACCACAAUCUGCCGCUGGAUGGCAGCAGAGCACCGCAGUAACGUUGAGGUACAGGGAGAAACGUCUCAUAUUGUCUCUGCAGAUAUUUGCUUGUUCCAUUUUCAAUCUUUUGUUUUGUAUAUGUAAGGUUAUUAGGCUUAACAAUGCUUUUAGUGUAUGCAUCAUUAUUAAAGCAAUGAAGGAAAAGGCCUUGUGGAGAUUUACUCAUAAAAUAAAGAUUGUACAGUAGUACAUAUUGAA